UCUUACACGUUGUAACAAGAAGUACUUGUCGUUGGAUAAACUACAUAUAUUCCCUUGAAAUAAAUAUAAUAGAAGCCAUAUAUUAAAAAUGAGUGACGAUGAUUCAAAAAACUUACCGCAUGUGUACGAAAACUAAGUAUUUUGCAGUGCCUACCGUGUCAGGUAACUUAACUACGAAUAGAGGAAUCGGCACUGAUACAUCCAGUUCUGACAUAUCCAUGGGUUCAAUAGGAAAGGAAGAUUCCACCGAAAGUAAGGAUCCUUUGAUAUCGUGUGUGAGUAAGAGGAAGAGUGACGAAACCUCUAGUUCUGACAGUCCAGCAUCGGAUUCAAGAGAAGUAGAAAACUCCAACGAGGACUUACCUAUGGAAUCACCUACGGACUCGAUAGGAAGGAAUAACUUCAACGAAGAUGACGCAAAUAUCAAAUUACCUGCGAAUAAAAGGGUUUGUCACGAUAACUCAACUUCUGAUAUCUCAACAACAGAUUCAAUUGAAAGCAAAAAUGCCGGUGAAACCCCUACUUACGCGAAUAUACCUAAGGGUACGUGCGAUACUUCUGAUGUCUCAACAGUAGAUUCAAUUGAAAGUAAAAAUGCCGUUGAAAACCCUAUAUACGCGAAUAUUCCUAUAAGUUCAAGCGAUACUUCUGGCUCCAACUAUGUUGCAAUUGAUAAAAUAAAAAGGAAAAGUACCGAUAAAGCAACAACAUCCAGAGAGGCCAAAUUAUCACCGAAAUCAACCACUGAUAGAAUUCUCCUUGCUAUAAAAGAUAUUUCAGACAGCCAGAAAAGAGUUGAAGAGCGGUUGUCAGUAAUUGAGAGCUCGAUUUUAAUUAACCGCGAAUUAGAGAAUGAACACUACCGUAACCUGGAAAUAGAUCACACAGUGAUUAAACGAAAUCAAGCGACUUUGUCAGCAAAAAUGGAUAAUGUGGGAAACAGUCUCACUAUAAUAGGCGAUCAUUUGACACUUGAAAGAAAUGAAUUCUAGAAAAAAUACAAUUUCUAAAAAGCUUGAACAUAUCAUAAGAAAACUGAAACCUAUACAUACAUUCAUUCUAUUCAUGAAAUAUGAAAGUCUGAUUUAAAUCGUGAAUAGAAUAAUAAACUUGAUAAAUAACGGGCACUCUAACAUUCAUAUAUAUUCAACACAUGCUGUGAAAUUACUUUUUUGUAUUGUAAAUACUGACGACUUUAUGGACAUAAGUGGAAUAUUAAUUUGUAAAUCUUUAUUUUAUUUUAUUUGUAUUUAUUAUGUGUAAAAUCACCAUCCACAUCAUUAUAUUGUAUUAUGAAAACAAAAAUGUAAAUACCAACUUAUUUAUAUUCAAGUAACCACAACGAAAAGUACUAUUUUUCAAAAGAUUUUAUUAUUUUAAAAAUACGUAAUGACUGAAAAUCUAGUACAAACAUACAUAUGU